AUGCCGGCGCCGACCAACACUCUGCUCAUCGAAGGCUCCUUCGAGGAGCUCGUCGACGAGCUCGCACAGUACCUUGAUGCCCUGAAGAAGGCCCAAGGCGAAGAGUCUUCCGAACUGCAGUCCGAGUGCGCACAGCUGCUGGAGGAGAACAAGAAGGAUGAAGUACUCAAGAAGCUGGUUACCUCCAGCGCGUCUCUGAGCGGUGCGCCGGAGAAGGAGUUCGUCGCGGCAUACAACCUGCUGAUCCACCUCGUGCGGCAAUCGCCCAACCUCAACAUGUACCUGCCUCCCCUGUGCAAGAACGUGUCGAACCCCAUCGCCACCUCGCCCAACAACAGCGCUAGCCUGUCUCUGUCGGUCCUGACGACUAUCUUCAACGUCCUGCAGCCCGACAACGACAACCGCUACCAUGUGUUCCUGGCCAUUCUGCGCGUUGUCAAGACCUCGUCGGCCUUUGAGAACUUGAAGCCGCAGCUCAAGCACAUCGAUGCGUGGUUGGCACAGUGGCAGUCGGACGAGGAGGAGCAGCGCAAGCUGUACCUGGCCAUCGCUGAUGCCGCGCAAGAAGGCGGCGAGGACGAGAUUGCGUACCAGUACCUCAUCAAGGCCCUUCGCACCAUCCCUGCCGAGGAGGCCGCCAACCAGGAGGCACGCGACCUGAGCGUGCGCGCUCUCAAGACGGCCCUGAUGCACCCGGCCCACUUCGACUUCCAGGAUCUCACCGCUCUCGACAGCAUCCAGGCCCUGCGCAAGUCGGAUCCCGUCCACUUCGAGCUCCUGGAGAUCUUCACCUCGGAGCUGCUCGAGGAGUUCAACGACUUCCAGGAGGAGCACACGGAUUUCAUCGAGAAGGAGGAGGGCUUGGACGGCGCGCAGCUGACGCGCAAGAUGCGGCUGCUCACUCUUGCGUCUCUAGCAGCCCAGGCCACGGGCCAGACGCGCUCGCUGCCGUACGCGCAGAUCACCAAGGCGCUGCAGAUCCCGUCCGAGGAGGUUGAGAUGUGGGUCAUCGACGUGAUCCGUGCCGGGCUCGUCGAGGGCAAGCUGUCGCAGCUCAACCAGACGUUCCUCAUCCACCGCGCCACGUACCGCGUCUUCGGCGAGAACCAGUGGCGCGAGGUGGCGUCCCGCCUGGACAUGUGGCGCAACAGCCUGACGGGCGUGCUGGGCGUCAUCCGCCAGGAAAAGGAGAACUUCAUCCUGCAGAAGGAGCAGGAGCUUCGGGAUGCGGAGAACAAGGCGACGCAGGCCGCGCAGGGCGGUUCCAGCGGCCAGCAGGGUGGCAGGAGAGGUGGCCGGAAAACCGAGGCUGCCGCCGGCGAGCCUGAGGAAUAG